AUGGAAAAAGAACAUAGAAAGAAAAAAUCAUUUGGAAAUCUAUUUGGGCAUUCUAACAGUUCGCCCAAUCUCAAAUCAUAUUUGAAAGAUGAUGGGCCACAGAAAGAGGGUUUUGCUGAUAUACCAGAGAACGAGGAAAUUUCAAGUAAUCUUCACAAAGUUCAAUCAACACCCACUUCACCACUUUCAUCAACAAAUAAUAUCAUUAAAUAUAAAAAGAAACCAUCUAGAUUAGCACAGGCAUUUAAAAGAGUGAAACACAAUAAUAAAUUAAAAAAAGAGAUUGAGGAGUUGUCAUCAAAGACUGGCCUUAAUCUGCAAUAUACAAGAUCGAAUUUGCCAUUUAAUAUAAUACCAGAUUCUUCGGUGGAUGGUGGUGGUGGGGGUGCCCCAUCGGGUCAUAGUAGACAGGUUUAUCAAAAGGUCAAUAUUUAA